CGGUCGCGUAACGAUAGCAGCAAAAUCCGAGUGCUGCGUUCGUCGUUAAAACGAAAACAACCAAAAACAACAAUACCGAAUAUAUGAAAGUAACAGUCCAGAAAAGAGACGAAAUUCUCACCGCAACUUGCCGGUAAAAAGUGCGAAUAAGCAAAUUGGAUAUACAAUUAAUUUUGCGCGGAGAAAAAAACUGAGCGAAGCAAACAUAAAGUGUUUUCUUAGUGCAAAGUGUGAAACUCAAAUAAACUUUAAAAUUGGUGAAUUAAUAAACCGAAGCUCCACAAAUGAGACGAACCACUUUUUAAUGGAAGCCACCGGAACGAGGAUAAUAACCAGCCCGAGGGAACCAAUGCCAUCGGCCACAUGAUCGCUGCGAUGUCCACGUAAUGAAAACGCUGCUCGCAAAAUUGUCGUGCCGUCGCUGAGCGGAAAAACUGGCCAGGAAAAGGCCAAUAAUAAAAAAUAGGCAACGGAAAAUGAAGUCUGUCAUUCUAUAUCCAUACGGACCGCUAACCGGCGGCACACGUUGCUGUCGCAUGUUGCAUGCCAAAAAUUUGGCCAUAACAAGUGCAAUUUACACAAUUAAUAUAUCACUCCUAAUCGUACUGAUAUACUCGUGGCGCAUAAAUGUCAAUAUGCAUAAGUCGGCCGAUCUGCAGGAUGUCUACUACGGUGUACAAAUAGCAUAUUUUGCCAUAAUCGGCACACAAAUGUCCAUGAUACUACUAAGCAUUGUGUUGAUAUUUGGAAUAUGUCGGGAGAACCCAGGACUAAUUGUACCCUGGAUAAUUGGCUAUAUAACAUUUAUGGCCCUGGAAGCUGUCGCCAUGGUCUACUCCAAUGUCCUGCGCGACCAUGUAAAUAAGCAAUUCGACGCAAUGUGCAAGGCCGAGGUGGCAUUCUUUAUUGCUCGUGCGCUGAUAAAUGUGUUGGCCAUGUGGGGAGUGCUCCGCUUCUACAACUUGGUUCGUUCUGGAAUCACAUGGCGCGGACCAGAGGCCAAGACAGCCAUCUUUGCGCCGAUGUACAAAAGUGUUAGUACGAACAAGCCGCACUCAUACACCUACAGCAAGCGGUCAAGUCGCCGCCAUAGCAUCGAUUCGACUUCCGGCGGAUGCUGCGCCAUCUUCGAUUUCGAUUUCGAGUACGACGAUGAUAACGACGACGACGACGAUGAGGCGGCCUAUGGCGAUGGUCUUGAUACGGAGGACGAAGUGGGCUACGACUACGAUGACUACUACGAUUACUACGACGACGACGAGCUGACGGAGCAGCAGCACUUGGGGCUGCAACAGGACGAUGGCGACUGCAGCAUGUUGGGCGCUGCCAGGGCAACCAGAUCGCGCUCCAAGCCGAGAUCCGCUGUGGUCAAGGUCAAGGGUCAGCGGAGCGGAAGUCGCCGCACCAACAACAACAUCCGCAGCGUGCUGAUCAAUAAGAGGCACAACAAGUACAAAAUCGCGCUGCCCCAAACGCAGCUGGAGGUCAUCAACGAGUCGGAGAAGAGCGCGGGGAGCGGCAGCGAUGAGAAUGACUCACUUUUGGUGGCCUAUGACAGCAGUUCGUCGCUGGCGUCAGUUUGACAUUGGCCGCCAUGCAAAUCGGGAACCGGAAAUGGAAAUGCAGCCGUUGGGACAACGGGAAGUGAUAGAGGCAGUGGAACAAAUAGCGGUGGAAAGUGUCAUAACAGCGCCUGCAACUGCAAUGGCAACAACACCGGAAGCGGAAGUGAGACCGACGACGACGGCGAUCCUGACGAGGGCCAGCAUCUGGAACCUGAGUGGCCGAAGGGCCAGCGCCGCGGUGGUCAAUGUUGUGGUCAGCGUCAACGCCGACGUCCACUGCGACGCGUCUACUGCGCUGUGAAUCUGUCCAUCAUGGGCCUCCUGGUGGCCGUGGAGAUCUACGCCCAGAUUGCCAUAUUCCUGUAGAUCAAAUCACUUCUUUCUCUGAAUAAAAAUGGGUCUUCCCAUGGCCAACAUCACAUAAUAUAAUUCCAAGGGCCUUUUUGGUCCACAAGGUACAUUGCAAUACAGAAAAAUUUAAACACACUUUCUCAAUGCCAGCAGACACUGCAGCUUUAAAUGUAAAUAAUAUAGAUACAAUAUCUUCAUGUAACUAAAACACAGAUCUUUUCUCACUCAAGCUACAGCUUUUACAAAAUUGCGAAAACUCAAAUGCUAUUAUCUAUGCCAUGGACAUAUAAGGAUAUGUGUUAAGUUUAAGGUUCUAUAUGACUUGAAGUAACCACAAAUACAAAGUACAAGAUCCAUUAAAAACAAACAUUUUCAUUUUUUUAAGUCAUAUUUCAAGAAUUCCAAAAAUUCUAAUCAGCUUAAAUACCUAAAGCCUCUUACAAAAUGUAACAAAUCUAAUGUAAAUACUUCAUAGCAAAAUGGACCGUAAAAUAAGAACAAUAAUAGAAAUAAAUCUAAAUGUGUAUAAUUUAAAAGGCUUAGUGCAUAUCCAGAAUAAAAAAAAAAACACAUUAGCUCUCCAAGAGAUAAAAUUUUUAUGUUAAUAACCCAAAGUCGCCAGUAAUAAGUUAACAAAUAAAAGAAACUUUACUGCGCAGCCCAAAUAAAAGCUUUAAAAUCAUUACGCAAAAUAAAUCGCAUGUCUACCCAAAACCAAUAAAAAGGCCCUAACAAAAGUAAAAGUAACAAUAAGAGUACAUAUUAAAGAAAAUAAACAAUGAAAGAUAUAAAUGAUUGCAAAGUGCUAAGGAAAUUACUUUGUAAAUACUUCCAGCUAUCUCAAGUUGAUUUCAGUGAAGUACAAAAAUUGAAAAAGCAAAAUAAACCAUAUCUAUAAAUGUUGUAUAUAUAGUAAGUAAUCUUAAGUACAGUUGCGCCAAAAAAAAACACUAGACAGCCAGUUUAAAACUAACCAAUAAAUGUGAGUUGAUAUGUAUACCUUACGAUAAACCAUAAUAAACCCUUGAUAUUUGUGAAAAA